AUGAUGAACAACAAAUUGAAGUUGGUUGUUUUGUUGGGAUUGUGCGUUGCCUUGGUUCACUUCCUACUCAGCGAUUGCUUCAUAUCACCCGAUUACCACUUCUGGAGCCCAUCACUGCUCACCUCAAUUCCGAAAGCUUUCAACGUCGUCGAUUCCUCUCUCAAAUUCAGUCAGUCAAAGGAUACAGUUCUGUCUAUUCUUAAUUCCUUUGAUGAUAAAGCAAUCAGUUAUUCAAUCGCAGCAUCACUCAACACUUCGUUCGUGAAUAUUACGGACGAUGGUCUGGUGAUGGAAAAACAAGAUGAAAGGCUCGCUUUUUGUCCUUUGAUACCUCCUAAACUUGUUGGACCAAUUGCUGUUUGGCUAGAUGCACCAUCAUUUGAUGAUCUCGAACGACUGUAUCCAAAGUUACAAGCAGGUGGUCAUGGAAUGCCAUCCGGAUGUCGAGCUAGACACCGUGUCGCCAUCAUAGUUCCUUACAGGGAUCGUGAAACACAUUUACGUGUGCUUCUACAUAAUCUUCAUUCUCUAUUAAUGAAGCAGCAAUUAGAUUAUGCUAUUUUUGUUGUUGAACAAGUAUCUAAUGAAACGUUCAAUAGGGCUAAGUUAAUGAAUGUUGGUUAUAAUGAAGCAAUCAAGCUACACAACUGGCAAUGCUUCAUAUUUCAUGACGUUGAUUUAAUUCCUGAAGAUGAUCGCAAUUUAUAUUCAUGCCCUGAGCAACCCAGGCAUAUGAGUGUUGCUGUGGAUAAAUUUCAAUAUAAACUACCGUACGGUUCAAUUUUUGGUGGUAUCAGUGCGCUUACAAAAGAACAAUUCAUAAGGAUAAAUGGUUUUUCAAAUGACUACUGGGGCUGGGGUGGAGAGGAUGAUGAUCUGUCUACGAGGGUGUCGUUGAAGGGUUAUAAAAUCUCGAGGUAUCCAACAGAAAUUGCGCGGUAUAAAAUGAUAAAGCAUGAGAGUGAAAAGGAGAAUCCAGUGAACAAGUGA